AUGGGCAUCCAUGCUGUUAGCGUCAUGCUAGAGGCUCUCAAUAGAGAUGCCCAACUUGCUACUAUCGCCAAGUUCAUUCAAAAUGAACUUGACGCAGAACGCGAGAAAGUAGCCUUGCUUCACCAACAAGGUUCUCAACAAGCAGAGUUGUUGAGAGAACAGGGUGAUCAACAGUUUGAACUGUUGAGACAGCAGCAGGCUGCUGCUGGUGGGUCGAUGCACUCGCGCCGACCCGAGACCUUGAAGAUUGACAUCUCCAAGUAUAGGGGAGUCGAAGAGGACUCCGUCUUGAGAUGGUUCGUCGAAUUAGACGACGCCAUUAGGGCGCGUCGCAUCGACGAUGGGGAAAGCAAGUUGCAUUUGCCCAAUCAAAUCUGGCAGGACGUGCCAAGACUUGGGCACUGGGGCUCAAGUUGCACGACCCAUAUGCAUUUGGGUCGUUAG